AAUUAGGAAAACAAUUAACAUAUAUCUCGAAUUCCAUGCCAAAUAAUUAAUUAAAGUCUAGGGUUUUCUAAAGCAGAAACCAAGGAGUUACAUGUGUACAUAUAUAUAAUCAAAAAAAUAUGUACUUUGUAUAUUAAUGCAAUUAUGAUUUUGAGAAGAAAAAUCCAACUUGGAGCUUUUGUUAUCUUCGUGCAUGCACUUGUAUUAUCUGUUCUUGGUAACAAAUUCCAUGGCUGCCAAACAAAAUCUUCACAAGGGUACUACAUUUGCAACGGAAUAUUCCGGGGAUCUUGCAGCACUUACGCCGUUCUUCGCGCCAAUUCCGAUACCUACUCAUCACUCUCAAAUCUCAGCUCUUUAUUAAACAUCAGCCCUUCUGUUAUAGCACAAGCCAACGGCGGCUUCUCUUUGGCGGGCCCCACGGCCGUUGUCUUCUCCAUCGGACAGCCUAUUUUGAUCCCGAUUAACUGCAACUGCAACGCGAAUAACAACGGAGGCUUUUUCGAAGCGCAAGUGACGAGAACCACCGUUGAAGGCGAAAGCUUUGACGGUAUUGCUCGGUCUUUUGAGGGUUUAACAACCUGCCAAGGCAUUCAUCGGAGAAACCCUAGUAUUUCUUCGGCGAAGAAUCUUAAUGGAGGAAUCGGCCUUUCGAUUCCGCUGAAGUGCGCCUGCCCGUUAUCAUCGAUUUCAUCAGAUGAAUUCAACAAGAAUUUGGUGUCUUAUCCAGUUAAACAAGGUGACACACUUGCUCAAUUGGCUUUGCAAUUCAAUGUAACUACUCAAGCUAUUGUUUCUGCGAAUAAUCUACACUCGAAAGGAGGGUUUAACCUAAUUAAUAAUGCAACUCUUCUCAUUCCUGUACAAGGCAAACCAAAUAUUAUCGGCUUCUUCUCGCCCAAACCUCAACCUCAGAACCCUAGUUUCAGACAACCACCACCCACAAUCCAACCUCAAAUUUCCCACAAAAAGAAAACUCAUAAAAAGAAUUUUGGUGUAGUACUAGCUUUUAUCGUAAUCGUUCUUCUGAUUAUUAGCACAUCGAUAUUUUCGGCGAUUGUUUAUUUCUGCAUCAAGUAUUGGAAGAAAAAGAGGCAUGAUUCAAUCAAGAAAGAAAAUUGGGAUCAACUGAAAGGAUUGAGUUUAAGUGUAAGAACUUCAACCGAUAAGAAACUCGAAGAUCCGAAUAUGUUAAUCGGAAAUUUUUCGUACGAGGAUUUACAAAUGGCAACCGAUAAUUUCGGUUCCAGUAACCUAAUAGAGGGUUCAGUUUUUCACGGCCGUCUCAACGGGAAAAACAUGGCAAUAAAACGAACCCCGUCACAUUUCGUUUCGAGAAUUGAUUUUCGCCUCUUCAAUGAAAUGAUUCAUCAGAACAUAAUUAGGGUUUUGGGAACAUGCGUGCUGGACGGUCCUGAUUCAUUCGUGGUUUUCGAGUACGCGGAAAACGGGUCGUUGAAGGAUUGGAUCCAUGGUGGAUUGGCUAUCAAGAGUCAAUUCAUUUCUUCAUGCAAUUGCUUCUUGAAAUUUAAACAAAGGCUGAAAAUAUGUCUUAACGUGGCAACUGCAUUGUAUUACAUGCACUUUGUAACCAAACCGAGCUACGUUCAUCGAAACAUAAGGAGUCGAAACAUAUUCCUCGACGAAAACUUCAACGCGAAACUCGGGAAUUUCGGUAUGGCGAAUUGUGUCGAACAUGUGUACGAGGAUCAAGAACUAUGCAACAAGGGUUACUUAGCACCCGAGUACGUAGGUGAAGGAAUAAUAUCACCGAGUAUCGAUGUAUUUGCUUAUGGGGUGGUUUUGUUAGAGGUUCUGUCUGGAAAACCGGCGGUGAGGCGGGGUGAGGGUAGUUUGGUAAUUAAGUUGUGUGAUGAGAUAAAGCGUGUUUUGAAAUCGGAAGAGGAAUUGAAAGCGUGGUUUGAUAAUGCGUUUUUGGGGGAGGAAUAUUCGUUUGAGAGGGGUGUGGUUGUGGCGAAAUUGGCGGUAGCUUGCGUGGAAGAUGAGCCGUCUUUGAGACCUGAUGCUGGAGAAAUCGUUGACCAGAUGCUGAGAUUGGUUGAAGAAUUGCCGGAAGAUGACCGUUUCAGUUUUUUUAAAUAAAAUAUUUAAUUAUUUUCCACACGGAAAUAUUAAGUCGUGUUUGUUGAAUAUGUGU